AUGACACACACUCAGGAUAUUAACCCCUCGGAGGACACUCGUGAGAAGAUCAUCGUCUACCUUGAACUCGCAUUAAAGGAUGCUGAGAAGCGUAUUAUGGAGCUGGAAGGCAUCCUGCGCAAGAACAAGCAAAAGCUUGAGGACGAUGCCAUCAAGGAGUACGAAAUCGAGGAAGCUCACUACAAGGGAAAAGUCAAGCUGCUUGAAGACGCAAAGUCCAAGACCGAACGCACCAGCGGCCACACUCUUAAGAAGGCCUACAACAAGAAGUGUAUGGAGGCCCUACAUGCCACCCUGCCUGAAGCUAAGUAUACAGAGCUCGAGGCACUGUUGGCUGAAAACGGUAUUCACUUGCACCACGACAAGCACCACUAUGGCAAGCACCACCACGAAGACCAGGAGGCGGUUGCUGCCGCAUAG